CGGACGUUUUACAGUGCAACACACGAGAGGAAAGCAUGUUAAAGCGACUUCCGACGCCGUGUGUCAACACUGACAGCAUGAGCAGAGUUGUAUGUGUUUACUGUUAAACAUUUGAAGUAACAAUGGAGGUACUUGGAGGAGAGUUUUGUGACAUGACUCCUCAGGAGCUGGCAGCUCCUGUCAACACUGUAGCGGAAAAAUGGAAACUGUUACCAGCCUUCCUGAAGGUGAAAGGAUUGGUAAAGCAGCACAUUGACUCCUUCAACUAUUUCAUCAAUGUGGAGAUUAAGAAAAUAAUGAAAGCAAACGAGAAGAUCACAAGUGAUGCUGAUCCAAUGUGGUACCUCAAAUACCUCAAUAUUUACGUUGGCAUGCCUGAUGUUGAAGAAAGCUUCAACGUAACCAGACCAGUGUCUCCUCAUGAGUGUCGUCUCAGAGACAUGACAUACUCGGCUCCCAUCACAGUGGACAUUGAGUACACCCGUGGCAGUCAGAGAAUCAUCCGCAAUGCACUGCCCAUCGGAAGGAUGCCAAUCAUGCUGCGAAGCUCAAACUGUGUUCUCACUGGAAAGACGCCCAUGGAGGUUUCUAAACUCAAUGAAUGUCCUCUGGAUCCAGGGGGUUAUUUCAUUGUGAAAGGUCAGGAAAAAGUUAUUCUGAUCCAAGAGCAGCUGUCCAAGAAUCGAAUCAUUGUGGAGCAGGACAGGAAGGGAGCAGUCGGAGCCUCGGUUACCAGCUCCACUCAUGAGAAGAAAAGCAGAACUAAUAUGAUUGUCAAACAAGGCAGAUUCUACCUAAAGCACAACACGCUGUCAGAGGAUGCCCCAAUUGCCAUCAUAUUCAAGGGUAUGGGUGUAGAGAGUGACCAGGAGAUAGUGCAGAUGAUCGGUACAGAGGAGCACGUCAUGGCCAGCUUCGCCCCGAGCCUGGAGGAAUGUCAGAAGGCCCAGAUCUUCACACAGACUCAGGCUCUGAGGUACCUUGGGAAUAAAGUGCGAAGACAGCGCAUGUGGGGAGGCCCCAAGAAGACCAAGAUGGAGGAGGCCAGAGAGCUUUUGGCAUCUCUUAUCCUCACACAUGUGCCGGUCAAAGAGUUUAACUUUCGGGCUAAGUGUAUCUACCUGGCUGUGAUGGUUCGUAGGGUGAUCCUAGCUCAGGGGGACAACAGGGUGGACGAUAGAGAUUACUAUGGCAACAAACGUCUGGAGUUGGCUGGACAGCUCCUUCUCUGCUGUUUGAAGACUGUUUUAAAAAUUUUAACUGAACUAAAAAAAAUCCUGACCAAUAUCCCAAACAAAACGUCAUUUGUUGGUAAGCACACCAGGAUCAAUCACCAACGCAGGCAAUGCCUAUCCCCGGGCAACUGGUCUCUGAAGAGAUUCAAGAUGGAUCGUCAGGGUGUCACCCAGGUUCUGUCUCGUCUCUCCUUUAUUUCGGCUCUUGGCAUGAUGACCAGGAUCUCCUCCCAGUUUGAGAAGACCAGGAAAGUCAGCGGGCCGCGCUCCCUUCAGCCAUCACAGUGGGGCAUGCUGUGUCCGUCUGACACCCCUGAGGGAGAGGCUUGUGGUCUGGUGAAGAACUUGGCUCUGAUGACCCACAUCACCACCGACAUGGAGGACGGUCCGAUCAUCAAACUGGCCUUCAAUCUGGGAGUUGAAGACGUUAACCUGCUGUGUGGAGAGGAGCUCUCAUACCCAAGCGUCUUCCUCGUCUUCCUCAAUGGUAACAUUCUCGGUGUGAUUCGAGAUCAUCCCAAACUGGUCAGCACCUUCAGACUGAUGCGCAGGGCAGGUUUCAUCAAUGAGUUUGUGUCCAUCUCCACCAACUUGACCGACCGCUGCGUCUACAUCUCUUCUGAUGGAGGACGGCUCUGCAGGCCGUACAUCAUAGUUAAGAGGGGACAGCCCAUGGUGAAAAACAAACACAUGGAAGAUCUGUCACAGGGCUACAGAACUUUUGAAGACUUUCUGCACGAGGGCCUGGUGGAGUACCUGGAUGUCAAUGAAGAGAAUGACUGUCACAUCGCUCUUUAUGAACACAUGAUUAGCAAAGACACAACACACUUGGAGAUCGAGCCCUUCACUCUGCUCGGGGUGUGCGCUGGCCUCAUUCCUUACCCCCACCACAACCAGUCACCCAGAAACACAUACCAGUGUGCUAUGGGCAAGCAGGCCAUGGGUACUAUUGGCUACAAUCAGAGGAACCGUAUCGACACUCUGAUGUACUUGCUCGCAUACCCUCAGAAACCCAUGGUCAAAACCAAAACCAUCGAGCUGAUUGACUUUGAGAAGCUGCCCGCUGGUCAGAACGCCACCGUGGCCGUGAUGAGCUACAGUGGCUACGACAUUGAGGACGCUCUGAUCCUCAACAAAGCCUCGCUUGACAGAGGAUUUGGCCGGUGCCUUGUCUAUAAAAAUGCCAAGUGCACGCUCCGGCGUUACACCAACCAGACCUUUGACAAGGUAAUGGGGCCCAUGCUGGAUGCUGUCACACGAAAGCCCAUCUGGAGGCACAGCAUCCUGGAUGCUGAUGGCAUCUGCUCCCCCGGUGAGAAAGUAGAGAACAAGCAGGUGUUGGUGAACAAGUCCAUGCCGACUGUCACCCAAACACCACUGGAGGGCAGUACCCUGCCAGGCCAGCCCCAGUACAGAGACGUGCCCAUCAGCUAUAAGGGCUCAACAGACUCAUACAUUGAGAAGGUUAUGAUCUCAUCCAACGCUGAAGAUGCUUUCCUCAUCAAGAUCCUCUUAAGGCAGACCAGGAGACCAGAGAUCGGAGACAAGUUCAGCAGUCGGCACGGACAGAAAGGUGUUUGUGUGUGAUCUCUCAUCGUUCCACAGGAGGACAUGCCGUUCUGUGACACAGGCAUUUGUCCAGAUAUUAUCAUGAACCCUCACGGGUAUCCAUCGAGAAUGACGGUGGGAAAGUUGAUUGAACUGCUGGCUGGGAAGGCCGGAGUUCUGGACGGACGGUUUCACUAUGGUACGGCCUUCGGAGGCAGCAAGGUGAAGGAUGUAUGUGAGGAUCUCAUUCGCUAUGGAUACAACUACCAGGGCAAGGACUACGUCACCUCAGGAAUCACUGGGGAACCUCUGGAGGCUUAUAUCUACUUUGGACCGGUGUAUUAUCAGAAACUGAAGCAUAUGGUGCUCGACAAAAUGCAUGCGAGAGCCCGAGGACCCAGAGCUGUUCUCACCAGACAGCCUACGGAGGGUCGCUCCAGAGAUGGAGGUCUGCGUCUGGGCGAGAUGGAACGUGACUGUCUGAUUGGCUACGGAGCAAGCAUGUUGCUCCUGGAGCGCCUCAUGAUCUCCAGUGACGCCUUUGAGGUGGACGUGUGCGGGCAGUGUGGCCUGUUGGGAUACUCUGGGUGGUGUCACUACUGUAAGUCUUCCUGUCACGUUUCCUCCCUGCGUAUCCCGUAUGCUUGCAAGUUGCUGUUCCAGGAGCUGCAGUCCAUGAACAUCAUCCCCCGACUUAAACUGUCGCGCUACAACGAGUGAUCAGGACAGGGACAGAAACGCAGUCUAUGUGAGUGAAAGGUUUAAAGUUAGAUCUACGAAUAAUGAAACAGAUUGAUUUGGAAAAGAUGUUAGAGCUGUGAAUGGCCAGGAAGAAACAGGCUAAAGCUUUAACAAAUUUGUUUUUUGACAUUUUUGGUGAUGUUCCAAACCAAAACAGUGUAAAGUUUCUGAUUUAUGUUGAUACUCUCUCACCAUUAUGUUUUUCUAUGUGUACAUAAUAAACACAAAAAAAAUUCUCAAUCA